CAAUGUCAAUUGUGGUACACCUAUGUACAUAGAUUAUACACUUCCUAUGUAUGUCUCAAGUAUCUUUAUGUAGGCUGUGACUAGAAUAGAAUUAAAUAAUAAACUUAGUUAAAGCACUGGAAGAUAUUUUUCUAGAAUACGAAAGAAAAUGUUUUUACGUUUUAGAAAUUUACACCAGUUAAAAAAGUUUGUUAAUGUAAACACAUUAAACAAAAGAUUCUCCCAAGAACCAGCAACUUCUGUUUCAAGUACAGAUAUCAGUAUUAGUGACAAUUGUGUACAAAAAUUAAAAGAAUUAUGUAAAGAAAACGAUACCUUUCUGAGGCUUUGUGUAGAAAGUGGUGGAUGCUCUGGAUUCCAGUAUAAAUUCAACUUAGACAAUGUUGUUGAUAGUGAUGACAGGAUAUUUGAAAAAAAUGGUGUCAAAGUGGUGGUUGAUGAGACGUCACUUGAGUAUAUUAAAGGUUCAACAAUAGAUUAUCACACUGAACUUAUUAGGUCUGCUUUCCGAGUGCAACAGAACCCAAAUGCAGAUAUAGGUUGCUCUUGCGGUGCUAGUUUUUCUAUAAAAAUUGAUUGAAAUGGCCAUAUUAAACCACUGUAAAUUUUUUAUGCAAUUAUGGAAAAUAAUUUAGUUAAGAAAUGAAUGAUUAGAUAGAUUAUAAUAUGUGUUUUAAUAAUACUUAGUAAUUAAACUGUAAAAACAAUCUA